CUCUAGUCCACCAUGACAUGGAAUAAUAUUCAACUUUUCUAUAUAGGAUACAAGGUCUCUACCAUGCCCUUAUUUGAUACAAGGAUAUCCUAACUCUGAAGCUCGAUAUAACUGUGACGUUAGACUCGAGAAAUGUUCAACGUUGCUCCCUCACUCUCCUUCCAAGAUGCCUGGCAGCACUCUCGAACUUACUCGAUACAUCCCUCCUUUCUUAAAAAGUUUUCUUCAUCACACAACCCCUUGCUACAUCCAAAAACUACCGGUGGAUUUAUGGAUUGAUGAAAUCUUCAUUCAUUUGACUAUAGAAGACGUGAUCUGUCUGCGACGGGUCAAUAAGACUCUAUUUCUCAUUACUCAUGAACCAAUCAUUUGGAAACGCUUUCUCGUUCGCCUAUCCAUCCCUAUACCGCCUUUGCGUCCCAGCCUUCGUUGGUCUUUAGAUUUGACUAGUUUCCAGAUCGAACAGCUGGUAGCAAAAGCGAUUUGCGCAGAUGAUAAUUGGCGUAGGCUGAGUCCCAAGCUCUCUUACACUAGGGUUGUCUUUGCAUUCUACGAAGUGCUCGAGAUGAAGCUGUUGCCUGGAGGCCAGUACAUGGUCGCGUCUGUCAAAGAUACUGCUAGCCGCAGAUUUUAUAUCUGCAUCUUCUGUCUUGAUCAUCCUGAUCCGAACUUCCCUCCAUUGGCACGACUACCUCUUCCCACAAAAGCCUUCAAUAUAGAAGCCCGAUUCCUCCCUUGGCACGAAGGUAGACCGGGUAUAAUGAUUAUGUAUUCUCAAAGGACACCCGAGGACGGCCAUUUACGCGGUUACGAUCUUUCGGAACUGAGUGCACGGCCUGAAGUCGACCCUCCGUACCCACUACGUCACGAUUGUUUGUGCACUUUCGUAGACAUGGAGGCAUUGGAGCUACUAUCGGAUCCGUCCAUUACUAGAAAGUCACAGGCGUUCCGUGACAGAGCUGCAGCUCUUCCUCAACCUUUCCAAUAUGUGAUACACUUCGUAUCUAACGCUCCCAUAGAGCAACCCUCUCUCUUUGAAUCAGACGGCAGACCUUUCGCGGCUGUGGUUCAAAGACCGAAUGAAAUCGUGAUUAUGGAUCUGCUCACAAAUCAACUCAGUAGCAUUAAAUGUCCAAGAAUUCCUGUUUUCGACAAUGCGGAACACAAAAUUCGUGCUAUACGAGUUUUGCCAAAACAAAACCAGGUGUUGGUAAUUCGUACUCUUAGACUCCGAAAAAUUGACCAACACCAAGAUCAACAUACUAUGGAGCUUCACACCUUACCUAACGCUGGUGUGCUUGGGGUCGUAUCUCUACCAGACGACUACGCUUUGAUCACAAAUAGGAACGCUACGUCAAUUCAUAUAUCGGAUAACUACGAACCUCUCAUAGGUCCCGACCAUCCUUUCAAGCACGACCCGAAGGCCCGUCCUCCCCCACUAUCUAUCUAUGUGUGCGGCGAAGAGCUCGAGGGGAUGGAACAUUUCAACAUCGAUCCAGUGUUGUCCCACGAUGGUUACUGGUUCUACGACUUGGAUUGGUACGUGGAGCAGGCGACAGUGAAGGAUCCCAAAUAUGGCGUUCGAAUAAUACCUGGUGUGCAUCGUGCAUUGGUAUAUACAGUGCCUUGUGACGAUCGCAGCGAUAUGCCCAAAAUCAAGUCUCUGGGUCGGUAUUUCAAUACCGAAUAUCAGCUCGCCGACUACCCUUAUGGGCAUCCUCCACAGGGUGACUUAUCAGUAGUGCGCCAGCGUUAUCUCAGGCCUGAACACGAGCAUGUCCCGUUUAGACUUAACUCAACUGCGUUCCAGCACAUUGCCGAAACCGGUUGUUCUGCAAUAACAUGGGACGAAAGUACAGGAAGAGUUUGUAUUGCUACGCAGAAGAACCUGAAAUUUUUGAUCAUGGAUGUAAAGAAGACGGUAGCUCCCGACGACCGUUUUGCUCAGUGGCGUAGGUUUCAGACUAUGCUGAAUAGCGAACUCUGAGUGUGGAAUCGUAUAUUAGGAACAAUAUAUGUAUAUAUUUUACGCUAAAUAUUACAAUUUAAGUUCUCUAUUGAGGAUCGCUAA